UGAGCUGCACUCCCCUUCAAAAGCCCCAAACUCCGGCUGUCUGUGUCUGCAAGUGACAGAGAUGAAGCGAUACGAGUGGACUGGGGCAAAGUGAGACGGAAGGGAAGAGUCCUGCCGAGAGAGCGGCAGGAUGACUCCAAUUUGCAGGGCUGCACUUUUCGGGACGACUGCAAAAAAUUUCGCUUUUUUCCAUGCCCUGACUUUCGCUGCAGUUUUCAUUUCAGAGCGCAACUCGAGAAGCAACAUCAAAAUCAACAACAACAACAACAACUGCCAGAAGCCGAAAAAAAUGUGGCGUGGGAGUGUGUUAACCGAAAGCACCUGGAAAAUCGUAGAGCAAGUCAAGUACAUUUUUAGAAACAACAUGAAUUACCCGGUUCGCCAGCAACAACCCCAAAAAGCUUUCAGACAGUCGGCUAGAAAAACUGUACAGCGCAAUUUAAUGGAGUCCUUCCUCUUUGCAACCAACACCAGCAUGAAAACUGUGAGAAACAUAUUCUUUCCGAAGCUUUGGGGUAGUGGAGCAGUAGAAACCGGAGUCAUGUUCAAAGUAGGAGUUUGGGUUAGAGUUCGGAGUCAAAACCAGACUGCCAGCAGAAUAAUGUCUGGCGUUGGGGCAAACUGUACCGAAGCAUCGAGAACGCAGAAACCAGACAGCGGAAGAAAGGGAAAUCUACUGCGACUUAUGGCACCAGGAUAUGUAUUUUCGGGCAUUGGAGUCUUCCGCCUCCGGUUCUUUGGGGGUUAAAUAGAGAGUCCUUGUCCGGCUGGCGGUUCAAUGACCAUCCGACCAUACAACCAUCUAACCAGCCGACCGGCGACGAUGCUAUCUGAACAAAGUGUAUUGCCAUCGACCGCUCCUCCCACAUUAGCUAAUGGCUCUUGCCUUUACCUAUUGCUGGCAAACAAAAACAAAAACAAAAGCAAAUAAGCAUAAUGUGCAGAACGAGUUGCAAGGUCGACGAACGUUGAGUGCGGUUUUCAGUAUUCUGUUCCCAGUUCCCAGUUCCCAGUUCCCGGAUUCCGGGCCCAAGUCAGUCCAGUUGACUUAAUGCCCAGCUCUGUGAGCCAAACACGUUUUUCGCCAGCGCAUAAUUUGUGGUUCCACCUCUGUCCAAUCACUUGGAAGUGCAAUGCCAGCUCUCCCAUCAAACUAAUUGGCUUAACCCUGGCAUUGGACAUUGAAUAGUACCUCACCCAAUUUUCAGAGUGGGGUAAUCUUUCAGAUCCAUCCGAGUCAUAUGUCCAAGGGGAGUUUCGACAUGUGAAGAACAUAGUCUCUUGGUGUUUAACCUAGAAUUGUUUUGGUAUGAAGUGUAAUGGUGUAAUUUGUAAAAUUUAUAUAUUUCGGUUUGGAUUUAGUUUUUUUUUUUGACAGUUAAAUUGACAAGAUGUGAGUAAAAUAAUAAUAAAUAAAAAUGUUAAUUUUU